AUGUCCCUUCUAGAUAUAGUUAGUCACUUCUUUGACAAAUACAGGCAAAACGAUGGGAAAGGAGAGCAUAUUUUAGACUUAUUAAGAAAGAACAUUUCCUCCUCUUUUAAGAAGUCUUCUAUAGGUAAGUGAACGUAAUUAAUUGAGCUUAAAAUUGUCCUGUCAUCAUCACAUGCUCAUAGCAUGCAUAAUACGACAUUCGUCUAACGUUUUUAACUUUACAUUGUUUGGUUAUUGUAGUGAAGUAUACGAAGUAUCAAGAAGUUCCGGAAGAUGAAUUCAGUGGUUGGUUGAGCCUGCUGUUUGAGGAACAUGGUUUAGAGCGGUUAACGACAGAGCAAACAGAGGAUAUUAGACAGCAAUUCUGUGUUUGCUUGGUCAGUAGUGCGAGAAAUUUCGAGUUUUUAAGCUUUAGAGCUUAAGUUUGUCAAGAUCGCUGUAUAUUAGUCAAGUUCCCUUUUGGCUGUUUUUCGUCUCGGUCCAUAGAAAAACUUAAAACAGAACGAGGCCAAAGUGCAGCCAUCUUGAACGAACAAGCUUGCUAAUAACUUGAGAUCAGUCCGAAUAAAUAAAAUUUCACAUAUCUCAUACGUUUCCUCUUACGUAAAGAAAGAAAUUAGUAUCGGUAAUAGCAUGAUUUGUAGUGAUAUUUGGCGUAAAUACCACGAGUGAUAUUUCAAAAUUGUUAUAAUUUGAGACAAUGUUGAAAUAUCACGAGUGGUAUUUAUGCCAAAUAUCACGUACAAAUCAUGCUAUUAUUUGUUUCUACUACUACCCGCAAAAGGUUUGUAAUUUUCACAUGUAGGUAUUUCAAAUUAAGCUGAAAUACCACUGCUCUAAGCCAAUCAAAUUGCAGAAAUUUCUCCUGUCGUAGUAUAACGCUUGAAACGCCCUCUCACGAGCCUUUGAUGCACAGCAGCUGAUUGCCUGCUAAAACAAUGCCACAGGCUGAUACGCCUGCAUCAAAGCCCCCUACGUGGGGGGGGGGGUUACUCGACCAAUAUUGGCUAUAGGUGAGCCACUGUGCGUUUGAAACCCUGACCCUGUUUAGGACAAGACCCUCAAGUUUCUUAACCUGUUUAGAACUAAAUGUACGCUUUCUUGCUUUAACGCCGUGGUAUUGGUAAUUAUCAUCAUGAGAGCAUAUUCAUGUUAUAGUCAUAAUUUGCAUUUGUAUACUUGGAGUACAUACAAAAUUCAUUCUAGCAAAUCAAAGCAAUCAUGCAGACAACACCCAGUUGACAUACUCGCACAAAAUUAUUUAUCCUGUUUAUACACAUGACCUCUGACAUUUUGAAGUGCAAACAAAUAUCAUCUUUCCAGAAGGGUACAAAUUUAUUUUUAGUCUUGAGUGUUGUGGAGUUCUGUAUACAUAUGGGUCUUAAAAAAUAUUUAUGGUAUACAAUAUAUUUCCUUGCUUCCCAUUGAAGAAAGUUUCGUUUAAACCAGUUUCACUGCCAAAUUUAGCCAAAAGCAAGUUUGGACCAAAUUUCCUAAUUUCAUUUUGUGACAAAUAGCACCAUGUGUUAGUACAGACAAAGAGCUUUCAUUGAAUGGUCACAUCAUGUAUAGGAUUUCGUCCGCAGACUCAAAAGUUAAAGUCACCUUACAAAACUCUCUUAAGCACUCUGGCAGUGAAAGAGUUAAUAUUAUACGCUCCAUCCCAUCUUCUCUCCCUCCCCCCUCCCCCGACCACCAACUGUCUCAGUAGUCCUGUUUUCUCAACAACAUACAUUUUUCAGUUAGCUUCUUUACGCUCACAUGACACCUGCCAGUGAAACUGUUUCCUUGCCAAUAGUCUGUGAGUGAGAUCAGAGGAAAACAGUUCACUGUUUUCUUCCAGCAAAACGUUGUCCUCUUCUUUGUUUCAUUGUACUGUUUAAUUUGUUUCAGAAAAAAAUUGAGGAGAGUUCUUUAGUGGCCUUGUGGGAAUAUUGGUUAAGACCAGUGAGUACAAAGCUGUUUUUUAUAGUGUUAUAAACACUUCAAUUUAUAAACUAAGGAACAGGAAAGGAUUGUCCUCUCUGACUAAAACAUUAGAUCUCUGCUUUGGUGAUACGUGCAUUAACCAAUGCACUUCAAAGUGAUUUGUCAAUAUAUUAUAAAAAGCAGCUUUACAAGUCAGUUUUGCAACACUUCAUUGUGCAUUAUAUUGCAUACCUAUACACUGUACACUACUGACCACUCCAGAAAGUAUCAUGGCAUACCAUAAUGCUCUUUGUUUGUCACCCCCAAAUUUUGCAUAAGCAUUGUUUUCAGUUUCUCUUGGGAGUUAAAUAGCCCCAAGAGAAACUGAAGAUAAUGCUUAUGCAAAAUUUUGGGGCGACAAACAAAGAGAAUUAUGGUAUGUUAUGGUAUUUCUGGAGUGGUCAAUUUCAUGACGUGUUAUGAUUUAUGAUUUUCAUACACAAACAAUAAAAAAUAGUGGCACACACCAACAGGAGGCAGCAUGGCCAAGUUGUCAGUGCGUCGGAACUUGCAAUCCAGUGGUCCCAGGUUGGAGUCAUGCUAUGGCCACUUACUCGAUUAUUUUGUUCUCAGUUUUCCCGAGUUCAAAUCCUUCGCCAUGCUUGUAGUAAAUAGCCAAGUGGUUGCCUCCUGCCAGUUGGGGUUUUUAACCCUGGUAUGUUGUAUUUGAAUUAUUAUUUGUUUCCAAGUAUUUGAGUGGAGUGCCUGUAAACUAGCUGUUCUUUCUUUGUAGGUUCUCAACCCUGUAUCAGCUCUGCUUAUUGUUGAUGUACAAAAUGACUUCAUUAGUGGGUCUCUUGCCUUAAAAAACUGCCCUGCUGGUGAAGAUGGUGAAGAAGUUGUAUCAGUCAUACAAGAGCUGCUGUCAAAAAAGAUGUUUAGUGUUGUCGCCUACUCUUUUGAUUGGCAUCCAUCAGAUCAUUGCUCCUUUGUUGACAAUGUGUCCUUGUACCCGCUGCAUUCCUCUAGUCAAGUGACAGCUGAGAAAGCCAAGGUCUUCGAUGUUGUGGUUUACGACAAAAUCCCCAUCAUUGAUCAAGUGUUGUGGCCUAGGCACUGUGUGAUGAACAGCUGGGGUGCUGAACUUCACAAAGAUCUCACAGUAAGAGAAAAAAAACUAGUGGUGACCUGGAUGUACCUAAUCAAAUGGCCUUCAGGGGCUAGUACAUUUUUAUCUUAAGUGGGGGCCUAAGUUUGUUACCCUUUUUGAAAGAAAGAAGUUUUUUUACUUAGGGUGCUUUCCAAAAGUCAAAACUUGGUGGCCAUACAGUUCAUUUAGAAAAUGAAAUAGCUGGCAUUGUUAAGAGUUUUGGCUUAAAAAUCCAUCAACCCUUUGGAAUUAUUUGAUCUGGCAGAACAGUUUUGAUAAAAAGUGAAAUUCUCAUUAAAAAUAGGAACAGAAUAAUUUGGCUCGCCUGCAUUUCUGACAAAUGGAAAGUACUCUUAGUUAAUUUGGGGUAACUACUGAGAGCUUUGACUAGUACUCUGAUAAGCAACAUCAUGCCCUUUAGGCAGGCUGAUUUUCGUACAUUCAAUCCUCUACUAGCCUGCAGUGCAGGCGUUAUCUUUGGGCGUGCAAAUGUUUUUACUAUUUCUACUGUCCCCAAUCUUCCACUGUCAUAAAAUCAAAGAUGGCAGCUACAAUAAUAUGAACACAAACAAGGUUUCGCCCACACAAAAUACGCCUGCACUUCAGGCUAAUCCUCUACUUAGAACAGCCACCAUUCAACAAUGGCCCUCUUCUUGUUGUUCUGGUCUAUCAAUUUUUAGGCUUUAAACUCUAAAGAGUGUGGUUUUAUGGUGGUUUAAAUAACUGAAAAAAUACAAAAAGUAUCAAUGGAAAAAGUUUCUGGACAGCGCACCUUGCCACGCAGCAUUUUUUUCCAUUCAAACCCUUCCGUUUAAAUCUCCCUUUUAAAUCGCUGGUAUUUUCUAAGUUGUGUUGGUGUUUUGUUGCAUAACCAGAACAACCAGUCUUCUCUACAGUGACUGCCUACUUUUGUCCCUGAAGGUGGCCAUUGUGGAAGUCAGCUUCUGCUGUACUGAGUUAAUUUCUUAUCUACCUUAUUAUAGGAAAUUAACGCUCCAUGAAAUUAAUGCAAAUAGUUAAAAUUUGCGUUAAUUUAAGUCAUGUUAAUUUUGUUGAGGGUUAAUUUCCGUGACAUUUAUUAAGUGCAGCAUUAAUUUCCGCCCUCCAGUAUUUUAACCCCAAUUUUGGAACCUGUCCAGACAUUCUUGACACCUGAAAAACAUUAACUACAAGCUUUCUUUCUUUCCAUUUACCCUUUAUUUUUCAUCUUUCACAAAAGCUAAGGCGAAGGUUUACAAUAUUUCGAGGUCAUCUUCAUCGUUGUUGCUGUCAGAAGUGAUGUCAGCUCAGUUUUGUUCAGUUUUUUGCAUCGAGUGUUGACAUAAAUUUGUUCCAGUUGUCACCACCAACUGUGUCGUAAUCGCGUUAAUUUCCUUUAUUAUGAAAUUCUACCUCCUUUUUCGCAUUAUUUUUCUUUAUUCGAAAGUUGUUUUCCAUUAAAUUCGCGUUAAUUUAAGUGGCGUUAAUUUCCAAUACCUUAAUUUCCUAUAAUAAGGUAUCCCAGCUAGUCAUCCUAAAGGUGCCAUGGUAUUCAGGGGCAUAGUGUCCAUAUAUGCACACUGCCUAUGCAUACAGCUAAUAUCUGGACAAAAGAUACCUUUUAUUUCCGGAAAGCAUUUUUAUUGCUAAAUUGCAAUAAGUGAUAACUUUUUCAAGUUAUACUGGUGUCUUUACCCAUCUGAAGGGUAGAUGUCUCGCCCUUCCAACCUCCUUGAUGGCAUCACCGUUUUACCCACUGAUAGCACAAGAGAUAAGAGAUCGGUAAAAUAAACAACUAAAUACUGCACUUUGCUUCGUAUUUUUUUUUGCUAAAAAUGUCCAUUUCAGGGACCCUAAAUUUAAACAUUUUGUAGGGGAGCAUGCCCCCAGCCCCCUAGUUUGAGCCACCUUCAGCCCCCUUAUAUUUUCUUUCCUCACAUACACCUUCAAACUCUCAGGCAAUGCCCCUGGCCAUGGCAUAUAAAGCUUCCCAAAAAUAGUUUACUGAUAUAAGAAUCUUUUAUAGCCUCCUUCAGAUAAGGACAUCACUAUCAAAAAGGGGAAAAAUCCUAGAGUGGACUCUUACUCAGCAUUUUGGGAUACCGGUGACUGUACACAAUCAUCUUUAUUUGUUGACCUUUUAAAACGUGGAGUGACAGAUGUUUAUGUGUGUGGAUUGGCUUUUGAUGUGUGUGUGAAAGAAACAUCCAUAGAUGCUGUUGGACAAGGCUUCAAGACUCAUGUCAUAGUGGAUGCUUGUAGAGGUGUUGCACCUGAAGGAAUUGCAAAAACAAAAGAAGAAUUUGUAAAGAAUGGAAUCGUUUUACUAGAAUCAGAGAAGGUAAGGGAAAUUCAAAACUUUUCUUGA